GCCGCCUCUGCCUCUGCUUACCUUUUCCCACCGGAGUUGGUUUAAAUAGACACAUAUCGCGCAACUGCAUAAAGGACAUCAGGCAUCAUGGAAGCUUUCGACACCUAUCAGACGCCACUAUCCAGCCGGUAUGCCAGCAAGGAGAUGGCCCAUCUCUUUUCUCCCGCUAACCGCUUCCACACCUGGCGGAAACUCUGGCUGAACCUCGCCAUCGCCGAGAAAGAGCUCGGCCUCACGCAGAUCACCGACGAGGCGAUCGCGCAGAUGCAAGCGAACCUCGACUUGGACCCGGAACAAUUCGCGGUGGCGGCAGAGGAGGAGAAGAAGCGGCGCCACGACGUGAUGGCGCACGUCCACACCUUCGGCAAGGUCGCGCCCGCCGCCGCGGGCAUCAUCCACCUCGGCGCAACAUCGUGUUAUGUCACUGACAACGCAGACCUCAUCUUCCUACGCACCGCCCUAACCCUCCUCCUCUCCAAGCUCGCCGUCGUCAUCUCGCGCUUUGCCGCCUUCGCAAAAGAGUACCGUGCUCUCCCCACGCUCGGCUUCACGCACUUCCAGCCCGCGCAGCUCACUACGGUGGGGAAGCGCGCCACGCUCUGGCUGCAGGAACUCCUGUGGGACUUACGCAACCUCAAGCGCGCGCGCGACGACAUCGGCUUCCGCGGCGUGAAGGGCACGACAGGCACCCAGGCCUCCUUCCUCGCGCUCUUCGACGGCGACCACGACAAGGUGGAAGCGCUCGACAAGCGCGUGACGGAGCUGAUGGGCUUCGGCUACGCGUACCCAGUCACCUCGCAGACCUACUCGCGAAAGAUCGACGCAGACGCGCUCGCCCCGCUCGCCUCGCUCGGCGCGACCGCGCACAAGAUCGCCACGGACCUCCGUUUGCUCGCUAACCUCAAGGAAGUCGAGGAGCCCUUCGAGAGCACACAAAUCGGCUCCUCGGCAAUGGCGUACAAGCGUAACCCGAUGCGCUCCGAGCGCAUCUGCUCGCUCGCGCGCCACCUCAUGGUGCUUCACCAGAACGCGCUCAUGACCUCGAGUGUGCAGUGGUUCGAGCGCACGCUCGAUGACAGCGCCAACCGCCGCAUCACGCUCCCCGAAGCCUUCCUCACCGCCGACAUCGUGCUCACGACACUCCAAAACGUCUCCGAGGGGCUCGUCGUCUACCCCAAGGUCAUCGCGCGCCGCAUCCAUCAGGAGCUCCCCUUCAUGGCGACCGAGAACAUCAUCAUGGCGCUCGUGAAGAAGGGCGGCGACCGCCAGGAGGCGCACGAGAAGAUCAGGGUGCUCUCUCACGAAGCAGGUUACCAGGUGAAGCAGCUCGGGCUCGAGAACGACCUCAUCGAGCGCGUCCGCCAGGACCCGUACUUCGAUCCCAUCAAGCCCGAGCUCGACACGCUCCUCGAUCCGCAGAGCUUCAUCGGGCGCGCGCCGGAGCAGGUGGACAAGUUCCUCGCGGAGUGGGUCGAGCCCGCGCUGCAAGACCCCGAGUUCGCGGCCGCGCUCCAGAAGGGCACGAAAGCAGAGCUGAAUGUAUGAGAAAAGCGGGAGAGAUGUAAAUGUAUCGUGAUUUGUAUCAGUCGACCGGCCUGUGUCGAAAAAACCAUCGUUCUGGGUCAUGACUCGAGAGGAUAUACAUGGCGUGACGAGAAGAUGCAUAGAUAAAAAGUCUGAUGGGAUUGCGAAACGAAACGAAACAUAGCGACCUGUACAAUGAUAGUAAUAACAGACGAGGAAAGGGGGGAUAAUCUCGAAUGGAUGGAUGGUCACAAGACCACGUACACCCAGAGGACUCGUAAAUGGCCCGAGAGAAAACAUGAACGUAACACCUCAUGAGACUGGAUUAGGGUAUGAAAUCCGAAGCAUGAUAGCAAACAGAACAGUAGGAAUCGUUAAACCAGAUCGUCAGAUUUUGUCGAGAACGGCGAUGUCGACCCUAAGCCUAGUGCUGCAGGGCCGCCCGGUCUCUCAGAGUAUCAUAAAGGAACUUGUAGCUCCGAAGGUUACCCUUCAGCCUCCGCACGUCCAAACUGUAGGUGUCGUUGAGACGGUCUAUACGAGUGAGUUCCACAGAGAACCGGACUUCAUCGCCGAUGUCUUCCGUGCGGUCUCCGAAUAGCGGCUCGCCCACGGGGCUCGGUUCCUGGACAUACGAGCCGUUGGUGGCGCUGGGAGACUCGAUUGUUUCGUCCACGGAAUGAUGGCCGAUGGACGAUACUUGCGAAGACUGACGGCGCAUCAGGAGACCCCUGAGCAUUCCACUUCCAGUGAAGGAAGAAUGAGAAGGGACGGGCAGGCCACGCUUGUCCACGCCAUUAGAAGCUGCGGUGCCCUGCAUAGCGACGGCUGCCAUGCUUCCCGGACUCCCGGGCGCAGUACUGAGGCCAACAAUACCGGCAGCCUUCUUCCUCUUCUGCCUGAUGCAUCUAUACUUGAAUUCACUCUCCUGCUGCACCUCAAUACCCAUACCCUCCAAAACCUCGCGGACAUGCUUCAUAACCUCAGGAGGAGGUCGAGUCGUAACCAUGUCCUGGUCAACCGCACCAUGGUGGAUGCGGAUAACACCUGCCUUGCUAGCACCUCCACCUGAUCUCCAAGGGAUCCUGAUUGACGUGUCGGCGGUGCCAGAGGAGAUACGGCGCUCAUUACGAUGCGCCGGAGUGGGCGUAGCAGAGAUAGGAGCACCCAUACCAGAUCCGUUGCCGCUAUUCUGCAUCGGCGUGGUUGAAGCCGGCCUAUAGGAGCUCGGAGGUUGCAUAGGUCGACCCCGGUAGUCUCCUGCGACCGGUGCACCAUGCCCAUCGUCGCUGACCUCGAAGGAUUCCCGGUUCCUGCUCUUCGACCUGAACCAUUGCAUGACCUUCGCAGCUUUGCUAGAAGAGGCAGGCAUGCCGAGGCCGACAUUGGUCCUGGAUGAAUUGGUGUAACUCGGUGUAGAAGGCGGAGGAAGUAAAUCCGGUCGCUCGCGAACAGGAGCCUCCGACGUCGGAGCUGGACUCUGCGAGAACGACAUAUCCUUUUCGUUCACAGGGGUCUCCGGAGGUUGACGACCGCGCGUCCUGUUCUUGAUGGAUCGACUGAUAGGCUCGACCAUCACUGUCAGCGUAUUCCUCCUGGACUUCUUCGCAGAGGCAUCCGCAUACUCAACAGUGCCAGCAGGAGACAAUUUCUCCUUGUCAGGAGGAGAGAGAGCGGCUUGUAGAGUGGACGGGCGCUUAUGGGGAGUGGAACCAGGCAUAGACUUCGUGGUUCCGUUCUCAGAUGCAUAGCUGGCACCGUACUGGGAAGUAUCCGAAGGCACGCGCGACGAUGCACCAUUCGUGCUGGCACCAUCCGACGCACCGAAUAUCUUGCUGAGCCCAAGCUUGUCGACAGACAUCCCGCGCUUGUGUCCACUAACCCUAGAAGAACCAGAAGACUGCGAGCCAUGCUGCGCGUGCUGAGAGGGCAAGGGCUUCUCUUCUGCGACCCG